AAAAAAAUUCAUUAGUUCUUAAUCUAUCUACCUAUAAAUAGCAUAGAGUACCGAAGUUUGUCAGUACUCAGUAGCUUAUACUAAGCUAAAGGUACAAAACUACUAAUUGCAAUCAUGGGAAUCGUGUGCCCUGAUGAGACCAAAAGGAUUGAAAUCGAGGAAUUUCGCCGGAUGCUGCUAGCUAACGCGGCGGUUCACCGGACGAAAGCCGCCGAUGAAUUCCAAAACAGAGGGCAAUUGCCAUCGGCAGUUCAACAGAACCGUGAGCUUGAAGAGAAGCAAGUGUGCGUUACCAGUGGCGUAUCCUUCGUCGGUAUCGCCAUCGUCAAUCAGCUACUACUCCGUGGCUACUCUGUACGAGUCAUCGUCGAAAAACAAGAGGAUCUUGAGAAGCUAAGAGAGAUGGAAAUUUCCGGUGAAAUGCGACAGUCAACGAAAACUGUGGAAGCAGUAAUGGCGAGACUGAAUGACGUUGAAAGCCUAUCGCAGGCGUUUAACGGUUGUCGUGGCGUCUUCCACACUGCUGCCUUCGUGGACCCUGCUGGACUAUCUGGAUAUACAAAAUCAAUGGCUGAAAUAGAAGUUUUGGUAACCAAGAAUGUGACUCAGGCAUGUGCAAUAACACCUUCAGUCAGAAAUUGCGUGCUCACAUCCUCACUUUUAGCCUGUGUAUGGAAAGAUAUCAACUCUUCAACAACAAUUGAUCAGGAUUGCUGGAGUGAUGAAUCUAUCUGCAUAAACAAGAAGCUAUGGUAUGCCUUGGGCAAGCUAAAGGCAGAAAGAGCAGCGUGGAACGUAGCUAAGGAGAGUGGAUUCAAACUAGCUUCUAUUUGUCCUGGUCUGGUAACUGGUCCUGAUUUCAUCAGCAGGAAUUCAACACCGACCAUUGCAUAUCUUAAAGGAGCUCAAGAAAUGUUUAGAAAUGGACUCUUGGCGACAGUGGAUGUUAACAGAUUAGCAGUACAACAUGUACUGGUGUUUGAAGAGAUGAAAAACACAACGUGUGGCAGCAGAUACAUUAGCUUUGAUCAAGUGAUUAGGAGCGAAGAGGAAUUUGAAAAAUUAGCCAGAGAGACGGGAGUAGAUCCUACUAGAACGAUACUGUCAAACUCGACGACUAAUUCCUCCAACAGCAUCAAGUUGUCAAAUGCAAAGCUUUGUCGCCUAAUGUCUACAGUACAUAGAUGUAGUACCGAGUUCUAGCGUUCGCAAAUCAAUUCUUUUCAUGCCUCCAUCGAAUUUUCAAUGUAGAUUGCACAAGCUAAGGAGGCUAUUUCUUCCUAAUUACUAGCUUUGGCAACAUCUACUUGAGAAUUCUAGCGUUAAUGAGUGAAAAGGACUCUUUUUGCACAAGUGGUGUACUAAUGAUGUACUGCACUUUUUCCUCUUUAUCCGCGGAAUCAUGUGCAUUUCAUGAAAAGAACUUAUGUACGUUGAUUUAAAGUAAACACACUUAGAUAUUUUGGUGAUUGAA